AUGGCCGUGUCUAUAUUCAAUGUGUCGCUUUGUUGUUUGUUGUUAUGUCUUAUCCAAACGAUCACUUGCGACUCUUCCUGCAUCUACGAUGUUGGCAAUGGACAAAAAUUAGAUAUCCGUACGUUAGGUAACGCAAAUGGCAAAGGGCCAAAAUAUGAUAAUAUCCCUAAUUCAAGUCCAGUCCCAUAUACAUUUAAUUGGAAUGGAUGCUUUCCAUAUUCGAAAGCGAAAGGAGAUUGUACUAACGCUGCUGCAUGUUAUACUGAUAAAAACACCGGUGCAUCGACUCUAAUUGCAAAACACGAUAAAGUUGAUUUUGAAAAUCAUGAAAACGUCUAUACACUUAUAUAUCAUACUUCAAGUAUACUAUUAACUGUUUAUUUAACUUGCCGUGAAGACGGUGUAGAAAAGAUAAAUGGCCGUCAAGACGAUCAACAGAUAUUCAAUAUCUAUCUUCAAUCUCCUUGUUGUUGUCCAGGCAAAUGUCAUUAUUCAGGUGAUCGAUCUCUCAGUGGUGGUGCGAUUUUUAUCAUUAUUCUAUUUGUUCUUCUUGUCGUCUAUAUCGUUGGUGGAAUGAUCUUUUUAAGAUAUGCACGUGGUGCUACAGGUGCAGACAUGAUCCCCAAUCGUUUGAUGUGGUUAGGCAUCGUGUCGUAUGCAAUUGACGGCGUACGAUAUAGCAUCCAAGUAGUUCGACAACGGAACAGAGAAUAUGCAAACGAUAAUAUUUCCGGUCGGGCAUCUAAUAUUAGUAGUCGAGAAAUAAUGUCGAUUAGCGAACGUCUCAUGUUAUCAUCGAUGUUUAAUCUCACUCGAUCGAGAUACACCAAGAAGAAAUUUGUCGAAACGACAACAAAUCACAGUGAUAAUUCCAUCUCGUCAGAUCUUUGGCUAACCAAUCGAUUUACAAUCGUUCAACGGACAUUUUUUAUCUUUUCACUCAUUGUUCUUUUUUGGAUUCUUUUUGUUGUCAUUUAUAUGACAAGUCGGCUUAUUCUUCGAAUUGUAUCAAAUUUUAAACGUUUCCAUUUUCACUAUGACUCUCCGUCAACUUCGAACGACAAAAUCUGUCGAGCAUUCGUCAUUUCACCGCAUCAGUAUGGAUCAUUUCGUCCAACGCACAUGCCAUCGCCAUUAAUUCCUCGUUCUGAUAGUCUCUUCUCUGCUCAUCCUCAACAAACCAUAUCUCAGCAAACUCUAAGUACGAUUUCACAAUCGAAAACCAAUCAAACGACCCUUCUCGAACACUACCUACGAACUUAUAAUCCAUUGAAAAUCGAUUUGAAACCUCUCAUGGAACACCCAAUCCCAAUCUCAACAAUAAUCGAAGUAUCUGAUGAUCAAGCACAAAGUGAUACCGAUACACAUCCAGUACAAAACUGCUAUGCCCUUCAUUGUGCAAACAAACGCAAAAUCCAUCAAGGAGAACGGUAUACUCGUCUAAAAGAAGAAACCUGUUCAGUAGCAACGAGUACUAUGGAUGAUCGUCUUUCGGAGUGCAGUACAAGAUUAACAAGUGUCACAUUACCUACGGUCAUGGUUACCGAUUGUUCUGAUAGUCAACGAUUACACACCGACAUAAUUGAACUUAAUGAAGAUGACAAAGACAAAUGA